AUGAUAAAUAAAUUCUGUCGCAGUGAUCCAAGAUGCAGUCACUGUGGUGGCUCCAAACAUUCUAUCACAGAAUGCCCGACCGUCCUCGCCACGGACCCCUUAUGCCUCUUCUGCAAACUUCCUCAUGUUGCCACUGAUCGUAGCUGCCAGGAAUGGUCUGUUCAAAAGGACAUCAAGAGAAUCAUGGCUAUAGAGAAUCUCUCUUACAAAGACGCCUUAGAUUUUAAGAAAAAUAAAUAUUGUACGUCUGCUUUUAAAUACUCUGAUAUUGUAAAUAGCCAGCUUCCAAAUUCUAAUAAUAUAUAUACUGAUAUCCCUCUUAAUGAGGAGAACUUUCCAAUUUUAAAUGAAAGUCAUCAUUUUUUUAAUUCUAAAAAAAACAAAAGAAAACCCCUUAAUAUGUCAAAUAAUAAUAGAGUUGUCCUACCCGUUGCUUCAUCUUAUUCUCCUCCUAAUGGCAGUUAUUUAAAUAAUAUCUCUAACCAACACAACCCGAUAGUGAAUAACCUAAACGAUCUUUCUUGGGUACAUACACUAUCCAUAAAAUUAUCCGAAACUUUAAUCAACUCCCCCUCCUUAUCCUCUCCUUUCUCCUCCUCUUCCCUUCAAUCACUAAUUGAGUCUUCUCUAACUUCCUUACUAGCUAUACCUAAUGUUAAACAUUUAUCCUAA